AUCUAGUUCCGCGAGCGAACUUGUGCGAGGACGCGUGCGCGCACACCGGCUGGCUACAGUGAAGCGGUUGCAAAAGUGAGAGGCGCUGUUUCUCCGCGGAGCCAAGAGCGGAUAAGGGCUCCAAAGGGGCACUUUGUGUGGGUCGAAUCCGCGUGCGGUCGCCGGAGCGGGGACGAGGAUGCGGAGCAGCCGACGAUGCUAUGGAGCGCGCGGUGGGAAGGAGCUGGACCCCCCGUUCCGGAACCCUUUUGUGCACGAGCUGCGGUUCACUCCUCUGCAGAAAGCGAAGAUUGCGCUCAUGACCGUGACCCUGUUUCCCAUCCGCCUUCUCUUCGCUGCCUUCAUGAUGCUUUUGGCAUGGCCUUUUGCCUUUGUAGCUACCGUGGGGCGCUCUGAAGACACAGUGGAACCUGAAUGCUGGUGGAGAAGGGUCGUGGAUGUGGUCCUUAAGGCGAUAAUGCGGACCAUGUGGUUUGCUGGGGGGUUCCACUGGGUGACGGUGAAGGGGCGCCAGGCCCUGCCCUCCGAGGCUCCCAUCCUCACGCUGGCACCCCACUCCUCCUACUUUGAUGCCAUUCCUGUCACCAUGACGAUGGCCUCCAUUGUGAUGAAAGCCGAGAGCAAGGACAUCCCAGUCUGGGGCACCCUGAUCAAGUUCAUUCGGCCUGUGUUUGUGUCACGGUCGGACCAGGACUCCCGUAGGAAGACGGUGGAGGAGAUAAAACGCAGAGCCCACUCUGGGGGAGAGUGGCCGCAGAUAAUGAUUUUCCCAGAGGGGACAUGUACCAACAGAUCGUGCCUAAUCACAUUUAAACCUGGGGCAUUCAUACCAGCUGUGCCAGUGCAGCCUGUGGUGCUUCGAUACCCUAACGAACUGGAUACGAUCACAUGGACAUGGCAGGGACCUGGAGCCUUCAAAAUACUGUGGCUGACACUGUGCCAGCUGCAGAACCAGGUGGUCAUUGAGUUCCUUCCCAUCUACACUCCAUCUGAGGAAGAGAAGAGCAACCCAGCUCUAUUUGCAAACAACGUGAGGAGCAUCAUGGCCAAGGCCCUGGGAGUGCCCGUCACAGACUACUCCUUCGAGGACUGUCAGCUCGCCAUGGCCGAGGGCCUGCUCCGUCUCCCCGGCAACACGCGUCUGCUGGAGUUUGCCAAGCUCAUCAGAAGCCUGGGUUUAAAGCCACAGAACACCGAAGAGGAGCUCGAGCAGUAUGCCAGCAGGGCCAGGAAGGUUCGAGAAGAGAGACUUGGCCUAGAAGAUCUGGCACACUAUUUAAACGUGCCGGUGUCGGACACACUUGGAGAGAUGCUCUCUUACUUUGAGCCUGAAGAUGGAAAGAUGGACAUCAGGCUGUAUGUGAUAGCAUUAUCUGUCGUAUGCAGACCAUCGAAGACAUUGCAAACAGUAAAACUGGCCUUUAAGAUGUUUGAAGCAGAGGACGACAACACUGUGAGAGAGGGUGAGCUUGCUUGCAUUUUGAAAGCAGCCUUAGGGGUGCGGGAGCUAAACGCGGCACCACUCUUUGGGGCCGUCGACGGUGGUGGUAAAGAAAGGAUCACGUUCGAUGAGUUCAAGGCCUUUGCGGAGCAGCAUCCCGACUUUGCCUGGGACUACCUGUACCCCAACCAGGAGGGCUUCCAUAGCUGCCCAGAUACCCCCUCAUCUGCCCCUGUGGCCAAUGGCUUCUGCAUGGACUUUACCUCCAAGGAUGUCCAACCUGACAGGAACCCAUCCCAGAAGAAGGUGGAUUGAGGACAGUGCCAUUGCCACUUACUGCCCACGGUUUCACCUCUACUGGAAAAAGAUGGAAAUGCUGUGCCUGAAGAUGCACCACAGACUUAGAAGGACUGGGACCAUGAUAUCCCAUUUCCUCUGUUUACUACUAGUUUUUGUAGAUACUUGUGCUGCUGGAGUUUUUUUUUUUUUUUUAAAAUUUGUUAAUGUUUCUUUAUUGUUUGCUUAAAUCUAAUGUGGCUGGUUUUCUCUUUUCAAGAGGUUCCCUUUUUCUACUUUUAUUUGAGUUUUGCAGCAUUUGUUGUGUACCAACUGCAUUUCUAACCUUAGGAAAACAAUAAAACGAAAGGAAAACUUCAGUCCUUAGAUGACUCUUAAGCAUGUUGCUGUUGUAGGGGUUUUGAUUUUAAGUGAGAGAAGCCUUUAAUGACCUGUAGAUUGGCUGAACGCUCUUGAAACAGAUCAGCUGCUGUUGUGUGAAGAGUCACUUGUUACUGACUGGCCUUCUCUCCUGUGGGGUGAGCUGGGUUCUGGCCUUGCUGGUAUCUCAGGCUCACUGGUGCAUUUGUGCCUGACGCAGACCUGUGAGGUUCGUUUUGCUCAGGGGAUCCGUAACGAAAGGAAAAUAGCGGCGUUUUCGGCGUCCUCUUCCACUGGCCUCGUACUCACCGUUCCUACACUGCUAUACCAGGAAGGGCUCUUCCUUGAGAAAAGAAUCACAUCGUUGGAAUUCCUUACAGGAAUCACCAGGGUUUGGUGACCACACGUGGGCUGUGUUGUUCCCGCCCUUUUUGUUCUUUUCUUUGUGCCCUGUUGUCAGGGGCUGAUUUUUGAAUUCCUGUCAAAGUGCUCAAAUGACAGUGUAACAAGCUGACAACAGAGGCAUGGAUUUAUUAUAAGGCAGUGUCUUCUUCACCCAAAGUCCAACAUAACCCACACACGGUUUAUUUGCUCAGAGCCUAUUUUUCAAAUUUUUUACUCUUCAUAUCUGGCUGUAAAAGUAGGGGAUCAGUUCUAUAAUCUAUCCCCCCCCCCCCCCAUUUUUCCUGUUAGAAACUCCCUGCCACUGUUUUUUGUGUGUUGUGCAUGUCUGGAAAAUGGGGGGGAUGACAUUUGUCAAAUGUCUUCUAUGUUGUUAUGGUGUUGGUAUUAAUAUGACAUUCUUUCGUUGGCAUAUUUUACUGUUUAGUUGAGCAGCUUUUUGUGAAUUUCAGAAGUUGCAACUAUCUUAGCAAUUUAAAGGGCCAGAAGAACGUGCUAUUCAAUUUUUCCCGACAGUUUUGCACAUCUUUUUACUGGUUCUUGUAUAAAAUCAUAUUUGAAAUGCAUUUUUAAAUGAGACUGAUCAAGAAAUAUUUCCUCUCCGUGUUUCUUCAGAAUAAACUACU